ACAAAUUAAAUGCGAAAACAAACGACCCGAAUUCGAAAGAAAAAUGCUCCAACCGCCAGCCCACUCACGCAAGCAUUGUGCCGCCUUCGGUUUCUUUCAUUCUGAUACCUCUCGUCGGAUUUAAAUCUUUCUCAAACAGUUUCAGUUCUUCGCUUCUCUCUCUCUCUCUCUCAUGCAAGAAAAUAUUUGUUUGUGCUCAAAUCAAAAAUCAGGUUUUGCCUUAGGGUUUAGUGUUAAAAUGCUUAUCUGUAUUCGUAAUUAGGUUUAGGGUUAGGGUUUCUAACUGUUAAUACUUGUUGCGACCGGUCCGAUUGUGUAUAAACAAUCACGAUGUAUGCUGAUCGAGAAGAGGCUGGAAGGAAGACGUCAAUAAAGGAGCGUCUUAAUGGCUCAUCCGUGGUUGAUUCUGGUAGCCGGAGACUUAUCACCGGAAAGAGGGAGAGGCAAGAUGACGACAAAUGGGAACAUGAUCUUUACGAGUACGAUGAACCUCAAGUUUCAAAUCGCAGAGUUGGCUCUAAAGAUCUUCGUUUGAAGCUCCAGAAGAAGAAUAUGGAGCAAGCAACUCCAAAAGUGAGAGGAUCUCUUUCAGGAGGUAAAAGGGAUCUGCGUGAAAAGCUUUCUGGGACAGUGUAUUCACCGCCAGGAGACACUGAUCUUCCAAAGCCAAAACCAGUGCUCGAGGGUAAUAAAUCUGCUAGGAAUAGUGUCAUAGUUGGAGCCCUUGUGUCAGAAGUGAAAAAAGUGGCCAGCCUAGUUUCUAAAAAGAAGACUCAGCAAAAGGCUGAAUCGGUGGAUGGUUUCCUGCAGUCCCUUGGUCUGGAGAAAUAUUCAAUCACAUUUCAAGCAGAGGAAGUAUGUGGUCUUUUUCCUUUGUAUCCACAUGUACUUGGUCAGUUUUUAUCUUUACAUUGAGAAAUUUAUUUUUACUAUGAGCCUUUGGCACCUGCUGUUUGUGCAAGGUUGAUAUGACCACUCUCAUCCACAUGACUGAUGAUGAUCUUAAGGCUAUGGGAGUACCAAUGGUUAGCUAACUAGACUCUUCGAUGUGUAUGCAUGCUUUUUAACCAUUUUACCGUUAUUUAUGCUAUUGCUUUUACUGAUUAAGAAUUGAGGAGUUCUAUAUAUUAAAUUUGUCACCUUUAAUUGAGAUAUUUGAUUAUUUUUAUUACUUUUGUAUUCAUAUAUCUAUUUAUAAUGAAACAAAUACUUAAAAAGACUAAGAAAUUCAACAGGAAGGAGAUUUCUUAAACUAGAAACAUUGCUACAGCCAUAGAGGAGAGUAGUCUACACAUCAUAAGGGGUGUCAAAAUGUAUGAUCCCUAUUAAGAAUUGUGUACACAUGACAAAAGUUUAUACAUUUUUAUCCUACAGGAUCCAAAUGACUUCUCUCUCUAGAGUUCAGAUAAGUUUUGCUGACACGUCUCCUUAUUAUCUGCCAACCAAAAAGGAAAGAGAGGGAGGGGUUUUGGUUUUUUUUUUUUUUGGGGUGGGGGAGGAGGCCUCUUUGACAUUGGCCUUACUGGGGCCCUUGAGUGACCUUUGUUCGAAGAUGAAACAGGUGAUCCGUCAUCUCCUCAGCCUUUAAAUGAAUAAUUCACCCUAUGCAGAUUACUGGAGAUAUUCAUGUUUAUCUAAGUCAAACAGGGUUAGUGGAACUACAUACGUGUAUAUAAAGUAGACUGAGCUGUUCUUUGCCUCAGAGAGACAUGAUCUUGUCCAUGAUGGGAGUUGCAUCUCAAGUUCCUUGAACAAUUUGGGUCAUAGGAUGCUAAAACCAAUCAGUUUUGUAAAGUUGGCCAUAUUUGCAAUGUGGCUAAAUUGACGGCAAAAAUCUCACUUGAUUUGCUUUGGCCAAGGAUGUGAUUUUACUUCCCUCCAACCCUCUAAUAGAAUUUGCAUUGUGGAGUCUUCGGGCUUCUACAUGAAUUUCCAAAUGAUAUUUUGGAUAGAAAACUACUGAAGGUGCUAAAGUUUAGCUCCAUGUAGAUGCAAAAUAGGAUGUGUCAUCAGCCAAUUGGAGAUGUCAUCGCUAAAUUUAUUUUCCUGCCACCUUGUAAAGCACCCAUCCUAUGUUUUUGUACACUUCAAAAUCUGCAUAUCGUCAGAAGUCGAACAGGAUACAUUGCAUAGAUUUGGUUGAACUUGGGUUAGAUAUAUAUUUCUAAUCACACUUUGCCUGACUCCCAAAAGGAGGAAAAUUCUUUUGUAAAAUAUUAGUGAUGCUGUUUUUCAUUGCAACAUGUUGGUGAUUGUUAAACUCUGGUGUUCAGUUGACCUUCAGUCCACUUUCUUCCAUCCACUUGGUUGGAGAUGUGUCUAUUUCUCUUAUGCAGGGCCAUUUUUACCGGCCACAAACACCACUUGAACUCAAUUGUUAAUCUUACUUUUGUUCAUGGUGCCUUCGUCCACAAGUCUAGAGCCAUAUAACUUCAUGGUACUUUAAUGUUUAAACCUUGACAAUCCUUACAUGAUGCAACCAUGUCGGGCAGUUUGCUUGCAUUAUUGUCUUCCCUUGGUGGUAUGCACAAGUUCUUUACGUUUGUCAAGUGUUAUAUAUCCAUGUGACCUCCAAUAUUCUCAUUUGAGCUGUGGACUUUUCUGACCUGUUAUAAAAUCUUGAGCACAAAGUAAAGAGUCAUGCUCACACUAGGUUAGUCGCGCUCCAAUUAUACACGAUUGCUUCUCAUGGUGAAAGCAAUACUGGUGACACUGUCCAUUCAUCCCAUUGUUCUUUUAAGUCAUGACAUGUUUCUAAUUGUAGGAAAUGUAGAAACCCAAUUUGUAUCUGAUUAGAUCAGAUGGGUAAAAAUUGGAUGUGUCCGCCUUCCUCGUGGUUACCUGCCUAGCUGUUAACCAGUUGGAGUCAGAAACCACUCAUAGCAUCAUGGAUUGAUCUGUGGUUCAUGUCCAAAUGUAUGACUUUUCUUUAACCAUCUAACUUCACCAAGCAUGCUGCUUUGCACCUUUUUAUUUAUGGAUCUUUGGGUGUCAUUUAGGAUGCAAAUUUGUUCAAAUACUCCAGGUUCUUGAUCCAUGUCAAUAGG